AAAUACAGUAAUGACGACGUUGGAAUUGUGCGAGAAGUACUUUGAAACACGAGAUGUGUACAAACUAAUGAGUCUGCAGAAGGAUGCCAAAGAGAAGGAGAUUAAGAAGGCAUACCACAAGCUGUCACUAUUGGUGCACCCGGACCGUGUGCCGGAGGAUCAAAAGGAGGAAUCGACGGAAAAGUUCAAGGUCCUGUCCAAGAUCUACCAAGUCCUGACGGACACCCAAAAGCGGGCAUUGUACGAUGAACAAGGUGUCAUCGAUGACGAUGACGAUGCGGAAGCCAAGUUGACCUCAUGGCUGGAAUUGUGGAGCAAAAUCUUCAAACCAAUCUCCGAGGAGGAUAUCAACAACUAUGAGAAAGAGUAUGUUGACUCUGAGCUGGAGCGCACUGACAUCAAGAAAGCCUAUCUGGGUGGCAAGGGCUGCAUAAACUACCUCAUGAAUCAUAUCCCCUUCAUGAAGGUUGAGGACGAGCCUCGAAUAAAAAAGAUUGUAGAGGCAAUGAUUGCUGCCGAAGAGGUUCCAGAAUAUAAGAUAUUUACAGAAGAGCCGUCCGCCAAACGCAAGAAGCGGCACAACAAGUACGCACGUGAGUUCAAAGAGGCCACUGUCAUCAAGGAACGCAUUCAGCGGCGCCAGCAGCAGAAAGAUGAAGAAGAUCUGGAGGCCUCCGGUGGCAGUCUGCAGCAGAUGAUACUCGCCCGCAAAAGUCAACGCGAGUCGAACUACAAUUCUCUCAUGGACCGUCUGCUUGAGAAGUACGGGGGCGAGGAUGAAUCUCAAUCUGUGGACUUUGGCGACUUUGAGAGGAAAAAGAAGUCCAAGGCAAAGAAAUCCUCAAAGCCCAAUCCCAAAGAGAAGCUCAAAGGCGUUAGGACCGGCCGAGUGGAGAAGGCCAAGAACUAAGCCGCCGUUGAACAUAUUUCACAAAGAUACAUAUUCGUAUUCGUCAAAAACUUUUGUAUAAUGCAGUUUAAGUUGAAAAAUAUUAUAAAUUAUUAAGUAUA